AUGUCUUCAUCAGACUCUGAUGUGUCAUUGUCAACUUACAGCCCCAAAAAAUGUGCAUCAUUGAACAAGUCCAGCUCCAGUCAACGUGCAUCUUCAUCAGACCUUGACAUGUUGUUGCCAACCUCCAACUCCAAAAAAUGUGUUUCAAUGGAUGAUAUCCUUGAUAAUAUGACUGCCACUGGCAGAAGGAAGAAGACCAAGGUGGUUAACAUCCAGUUCAAAUAUUGUUCAAUGAGCUCACAAUGCUCAGAUGAUCUUUCAUCCCUGAAGCACUUGCUGAAGGUGUUUGAUGAAGAUGUCAACUUAGGGAUGGAGCAUCUUCAAGAUAGGACUUGGCCUCUACUCUCAACUAAUUGGCUGUUAUUCCUAUAUGCAGCUAACGCCAUCUAUGACAGGGAGAACCCAAACAUUGGCCUCUUUUGUGGGCAUGCUGGUAUCAGGGAACAUGAUGAUGAUGAUGGCAAGCAUGGCAGAAGCAAAUCCAAGGCUACCAUGUAUGGGCUUACAAAGGUGACGCUGCAAGCAUGGGCUUGGGCCAUGUGUGCAGUGUGGUUUUCCCUCUCCACCUGUAACUCAUACAAAAUGUGCAUUGGGUCAUUCAAUCUAGAAGAAUUCUUUUUCACUAUCAUCAAAACUCUCAAUGACCCUGAGGACCCAUGA